GUGUUAAUCUGUCUCUUCUCACCCAGUCUCCCUUGUGACCAGCAGCCAAUUUGUACAAGGUGUUGUGACCAUGCAGAGGAACAGCUCAGAAGGAGUUGGAGUUGUCCUCUUGCUCUUGUUGGUGUAAGCAGAUCUGAGCAUAACCAGCGUCAGUAUUGAGAUUGUUUAGCAGAAAUUCUUCUCCUUAGCAGAAAUGAAACACGUAAUUUACUUUCAACCAGGUUGUAUUUCCAAGGUGCCUACGGUGACUGCUGGGAAAACGCUGAUCAAGUUAUAAGUGGUCCCUGCUCUCAGAGAGCUCCAUUAUCCCAGGGGGCUAAAGGCUACCACUUUCCAAGUGCUUCUGAGGCGCCACUUGCCAUGUUCUUCCUGCAUUUCUGCUUUAGUCUUGCAGCAGCCACGUGAGUUUGAAUUCUUGGGAUCCGCUUCUUAGCUGAGUGAGAGCACGUCUCCCAGUUGCUGACAGACGUGAUGUUUUACCGGUUGCUAUCGGUGGUCCGAAGACCAAGAAGCAGCCAAGGAUGGCAGAAGUGGUCCUCAGCCAGAAGCGGUGCGUCAGCUGCCAAAGCGCAUUCUGUAGCCCUGCCUGCCCAGGCACAGGUGGUCAUCUGUGGUGGUGGAAUCAUGGGCACAUCUGUGGCCUAUCAUCUCUCCAAGAUGGGCUGGAAGGAUAUCGUCCUUUUGGAGCAGGGCAGGCUGGCUGCUGGCUCUACGAGGUUCUGUGCUGGCAUCCUAAGCACCGCCAGGCACUUGACCAUUGAGCAAAAGAUGGCAGACUACUCAAACAAACUCUACCAUCAGUUAGAGCAAGAAACAGGGAUCCAUACAGGUUACAUAAGGACAGGCUCGAUCUUUCUGGCCCAAACUCAGGACCGGCUGAUCUCCCUCAAGCGCAUCAAUUCAAGGCUGAAUGUUAUAGGCAUCCCCUCCGAGAUCAUCUCCCCCAAGAAAGUGGCCGAACUUCACCCUCUCCUCAAUGUGCACGACCUGGUGGGGGCCAUGCAUGUCCCCGAGGAUGCAGUGGUGUCCUCCGCUGAUGUGGCUCUUGCCCUGGCAAGUGCUGCCUCCCAAAAUGGUGUUCAGAUCUAUGACCGGACAAGUAUUCUUCAUGUUAUGGUGAGGAAAGGUCAAGUCACUGGUGUGGAGACUGAUAAAGGACAGAUCCAGUGCCACUAUUUUGUCAACUGUGCUGGUCAGUGGGCAUACGAGCUGGGUCUGUCCAACGAGGAGCCGGUUAGUAUCCCGUUACAUGCCUGCGAACACUUCUACCUUCUGACUCGCCCCUGGGAGACCCCUCUGCAGAGCAACGCACCAACUAUUGUGGAUGCCGAUGGAAGAAUUUAUAUUCGGAACUGGCAGGGUGGCAUCCUGUCUGGGGGCUUUGAGAAGAACCCCAAACCAAUUUUCACUGAGGGCAAGAACCAGCUGGAGAUUCAGAAUCUACAGGAAGACUGGGAUCACUUUGAGCCCCUGUUGAGUUCCCUGCUGCGUAGGAUGCCAGAACUGGAGACUUUGGAGAUCAUGAAGUUGGUAAAUUGCCCCGAGACCUUCACCCCGGACAUGAGGUGCAUCAUGGGCGAGUCCCCUUCAGUGCGGGGCUACUUCGUCCUGGUGGGAAUGAACUCUGCUGGCCUUUCGUUUGGUGGAGGAGCUGGAAGGUACCUCGCUGAGUGGAUGGUGCAUGGCUAUCCCUCAGAAAGUGUCUGGGAACUGGACCUGAAGCGUUUUGGAGCCCUCCAGAGCAGCCGAACCUUCCUGCGCCACCGUGUCAUGGAAGUCAUGCCUCUGCUGUACGAUCUGAAGGUUCCCCGUUGGGACUUCCAGACAGGAAGGCAGUUACGCACAUCUCCUCUGUAUGACCGGCUGGAUGCACAAGGAGCCAGGUGGAUGGAGAAACAUGGAUUUGAGAGGCCAAAGUACUUUGUGCCACCAGACAAGGACCUGUUGGCCUUGGAGCAGAGCAAGACUUUUUACAAGCCGGACUGGUUUGAGAUUGUGGAGUCCGAAGUCAAGUGCUGUAAGGAGGCCGUGUGUGUCAUUGACAUGUCCUCUUUCACAAAGUUUGAAAUAACAUCCACCGGGGAUCAGGCAUUAGAAAUUCUCCAAUACCUCUUCUCCAAUGACCUUGACGUGCCCGUGGGCCACAUCGUGCAUACCGGCAUGCUCAACGAGGGUGGAGGGUACGAAAAUGACUGCAGCAUAGCACGGCUGAGCAAGCGCAGUUUCUUCAUGAUUUCUCCAACCGACCAACAGGUCCACUGUUGGGCCUGGCUUAAGAAAUACAUGCCAGAAGACAGCAACCUGAUUCUGGAGGACGUCACCUGGAAAUACACCGCCCUCAAUCUGAUUGGUCCUCGAGCUGUGGAUGUGCUGUCUGAGUUGUCCUAUGCCCCUAUGACUCCAGACCAUUUCCCAAGUCUGUUUUGCAAGGAGAUGAGCGUGGGCUACGCAAAUGGGAUCCGGGUGAUGAGCAUGACUCACACGGGAGAGCCAGGAUUCAUGCUUUAUAUUCCUAUAGAGUACGCCCUGCACGUAUACAACGAAGUGAUGAGUGUUGGACAGAAAUAUGGAAUCCGGAAUGCUGGGUAUUAUGCUCUUCGUAGUCUCCGAAUUGAAAAGUUUUUUGCCUUCUGGGGUCAGGAUUUAAACACCCUCACCACACCCCUGGAAUGCGGACGAGAGUCUCGGGUGAAGUUAGACAAGGGGAUGGAUUUCAUUGGGCGAGAUGCCCUGCUGCAGCAGAAGCAGAACGGGGUGUACAAACGCCUCACUAUGUUCAUCCUGGACGACCACGACACAGACCUGGACCUCUGGCCUUGGUGGGGGGAGCCCAUUUACCGAAACGGGCAGUACGUGGGCAAGACCACCAGCAGCGCAUACGGUUACACCCUGGAGCGCCACGUGUGCCUGGGCUUCGUGCACAAUUUUUCUGAGGACACCGGAGAAGAGCAGGUGGUGACAGCAGAUUUCAUCAACCGGGGAGAAUACGAGAUUGACAUCGCAGGACACCGGUUCCAGGCCAAGGCCAAGCUCUACCCGGUCACCUCCCUCUUCACCCAUAAGCGCCGAAAGGAUGACGUGGAGCUAAGUGACUUGCACGGGAAGUAAUGCCAGGCAGUCUCGCCACCUUCCCACCUUCUAGUCAUCCUAGGAGCUUUUCUCCUCCUCCUGAUCCCAUCCCUCUUCUUGAUUUAACCUUUGCCUCCCACCUCUUAUCUCCUUGAUAUAAUUUUAAGUGUUUAAAACUUUUCCUUUGCGCCCUCUCUUGUCCUUCCAUCUUCUCCUCCCUCCUCCUGCAGUUUCCCAUCUCCUGAUACUCUGGGCUGGUCAUAUCCCUCCACCUGUCUCAGGCUCCUGUGGGGACGGGAAGGCAGGACAGAGGUGGACUCCACUUGUGGAAGUAGGUUACAGUGACAGCCUGACUUAAUGCUGUGUCUUGAAGCAAGGGAGGCUUGUGGUGUGCAGGCCUCAGGGUAAGAGUCCAUCUCCAUGGGGCUAAGUUUUCUUGGAGUGACCUGUGAAUUCUGGCUAGCUGCUGUCUGUGUGAUACAGCCGUGUGGAAUAGCUUACGCCUUUUAGCCAGGCAGGUCCUUCUCCCAUUCCUUUGUGCUGUGGGCCGGCACCGUGAUACCUCUGGCAGGAGGAUGACCAUCUACCUCGCUGAUGAGAGGCAUCGUGUGGGCGUUACGUGGGGUUUAGCACGUAUAAGUAGUUAACCAUCCUGGGCCUCCCUACUGACCCAGUUAUCAGACUGUUGGGCUGGGGCCACCUGCCUAUAAUUUUCUUCAUCUCUUGCUAAUCUCUAUAAUGAGGGGGGUUGUGGUUUAUUUAACCGACUAAACAAAUAAGCCACAGUGUUUGAAAGGGAAAGACCGUGUUGCCUUUAGUGUUGCUUUUCCUAGCUGAAAGGGUCUGACCUCAAACUAAGCUCCAGCGAUGCUGAGUUUUCUAUGAAACAGUGCUGCUUUUCUUUCAGCUACUCACAGUUCAGUCACCCCACCUUGACGUUCCUCUUCUCCGAGCGCAUGUGACUUUCAGUUCAGCCUCAUGUGUCCCUUCCACAGGAGGCCCACUGGCUCAGUGCAUGCUCUCUCCCUUAGAAGAGGACGGGGGAGGCAGGACAAGCAUCUUGGCUGAGUAACUAAACCUUGUGGCCACGCUGAGUUGAAGAGAGCUGCUGCGACCCCCAGGGUUCUUCCCCUGCACAAAAGACACAGAUCCACACAGAGAUGACCCACUUGGGUCCCUUGAGAGUUCCCGGUGUGGAGAGCAUAUGUUACCUGAGCCCAAGGUCUGCUUUCCAGACAUCUCUCCACAUCUGCUGGCAUAGAAGGUAACUUGGGGUAAGAGUGCCCUGCACACCUUUAAGCAGUGUCUCUGUUUUCUAAGGGUGGAACUUGGAUCGCACAGACUGUGGUAUCCAUCCCCACGCUUAAUUUCCCCUUGCAAACAGACGCUAGAGAUUUUAAUUAAUCAUAGCCUUUGUUAUCUUGGUAUCUUGGAUGCAUUAGUUCUGAUAGGUCUAUAAGUAUAUUAGAGACAAUCCUUUCAUUUCAUUAGAGCAGCUUACAAUUCUCAGGUGUCUGCCUGCUCUGGUGUUUCUCUGGGAUUUCUGUUUACCCACUUGAUCACUGACUUUAGUGUCCACCUUCUUACGAGGUCUUCAUUGAUUUAAUGAGGGGGGUAUGUGAUUAGAAUUCUGUCGGGGGGCCUUGGUAUUUUGGGGCAAGUGUGAAUUUAACUAGCUGAGAGAUGCUGCUUCUAGGCAAAGAGGAGAGGUGCUGCCCAGCUGGAGAGCAGGAAACUGGCACCGGACAAUGCAGGUGUUACCAGCAGGGAGCCAACUGACCCAAGAAGAUGGAAACAGAUGUAGAACUAAAGGUAUCCCAUGCACACCACUGCAAAGUCGUCUUUAUAAA